CCGGCGUGACAGGCGGCCCGCCGGGACCACAGGGCGACGGGCAGCCGGGCGCUGCGCCGGCAGCUUCCCGCGGGCUCAGGAUAAGCCAUUGGUGCAAACUGAAACCAUGGAGUCCAUGCUGAACAAGCUGAAGAGCACUGUCACAAAGGUGACAGCUGAUGUCACCAGUGCAGUCAUGGGAAAUCCCGUCACCAGGGAAUUCGAUGUCGGGCGACACAUUGCCAGUGGAGGUAACGGGCUUGCUUGGAAGAUAUUCAAUGGAACUAAAAAAUCAACAAAGCAGGAAGUGGCUGUUUUUGUCUUUGAUAAGAAGCUAAUAGACAAGUACCAAAAAUUUGAAAAAGAUCAGAUUAUUGAUUCCUUAAAACGAGGUGUUCAACAGCUAACUAGGCUUCGACACCCUAGACUACUUACUGUACAACAUCCAUUAGAAGAGUCCAGGGAUUGCUUGGCAUUUUGUACAGAACCAGUCUGUGCAAGUUUAGCUAAUGUUCUUGGCAGCUGGGACAACCUACCUUCUCCUUUACCAUCAGACAUUAAAGAAUACAAACUUUAUGACGUGGAGACCAAAUAUGGUUUGCUUCAGGUUUCUGAAGGUUUGUCAUUUUUGCAUAGCAGUGUCAAAAUGGUCCAUGGAAAUAUUACUCCUGAAAAUAUAAUCUUGAAUAAGAGUGGAGCAUGGAAAAUUAUGGGCUUUGAUUUUUGUAUCCAAUCAACAAAUCCAUCUGAACAGGAGCCAAAGUUCCCUUGUAAGGAAUGGGAUCCAAACUUGCCAUCCUUGUGUCUUCCAAAUCCUGAGUAUCUGGCGCCAGAAUAUAUUCUCUCUGUGAGCUGUGAGACAGCCAGUGAUAUGUACUCUUUGGGAGCUGUUAUGUAUGCGGUGUUUAAUAAAGGGAAACCAAUUUUUGAAGUCAACAAGCAAGAUAUUUAUAAAAGCUUUAGUAGACAGCUGGACCAGCUGAGCCGUUUAAGCUCCAGUACUCUUGAGAACAUACCCGAGGAGGUGCGUGAGCAUGUAAAGCUCCUCCUAAACGUAGCUCCAGCAGUCAGACCAGACGCUGAUCAAAUGACUAAGAUACCAUUCUUUGAUGAUGUAGGAGCAAUGACGCUUCAGUAUUUUGAUUCAUUAUUUCAAAGGGAUAACCUGCAGAAAUCACAAUUCUUUAAAGGACUACCAAAAGUUCUGCCAAAACUACCUAAGCGUGUUAUAAUUCAGCGAAUUUUGCCUUGCUUGACUUCUGAAUUUGUGAAUCCGGAUAUGGUGCCCUUUGUCUUGCCUAAUGUUCUCUUAAUUGCUGAAGAGUGCACCAAAGAAGAAUAUAUCAAGCUCAUUCUACCUGAUCUUGGUCCUGUUUUUAAGCAGCAAGAACCAAUCCAGAUAUUGUUAAUCUUCCUGCAAAAAAUGGACUUGCUUCUAACCAAAACUCCACCAGAUGAAAUAAAGAACAGCGUUCUACCAAUGGUUUAUAGAGCCUUGGAAGCACCUUCAAUUCAGAUCCAGGAGCUUUGCUUAAACAUAAUUCCCACGUUUGCCAAUUUAAUAGAUUACCCAUCAAUGAAAAAUUCAUUAAUUCCAAGAAUUAAAAAUGCAUGUUUGCAAACUUCUUCUCUUGCUGUCCGGGUAAACUCACUAGUGUGUUUGGGCAAGAUCUUGGAGUACUUGGAUAAAUGGUUUGUGCUUGAUGAUAUUUUACCUUUUCUACAACAAAUUCCAUCAAAGGAACCUGCGGUGCUCAUGGGAAUUUUAGGUAUUUACAAAUGUACAUUUACUCACAAGAAGUUGGGAAUUACCAAAGAACAGCUUGCAGGAAAAGUAUUGCCCCAUCUGAUUCCUCUUAGUAUUGAGAACAAUCUGAAUCUCAAUCAGUUCAAUUCUUUUAUUUGUGUUAUAAGAGAUAUGCUCAAUAGAUUGGAAGCAGAACAUAAAACAAAACUUGAGCAACUUCAUGUCAUGCAAGAACAACAGAAAUCCUUGGACAUUGCCAACCAAAUGAGUGGGGGUGAAGAGGCAAGAUCUAGUGGUACAGGCAAUCAGAUUGACAAGGUAUUUAAUAAUGGAGCUGACCUUCUGACUAGUGGAUCUGAUAGUAAAGAAAAUGAGAUGUCAUCAAUACAGAGAAAGGCCUCACUUACACUGGAAGAGAAGCAAAAGUUAGCUAAAGAACAAGAACAGGCACAGAAACUGAAAAGCCAGCAACCUCUUAAGCCCCAGGCAACUACAGUGACACCUCCAGUGAAGCAGACAAAAGACUUGACAGAUACCUUGAUAGAUAAUAUGGCAUCUUUGACCAGCCGUCCUAUCAACCAAGCUCAAGUUGCAUCUUCAAACAGCUUCUCUUCCGUUCCCUCUAUGGGUGUUGGGAUGGGAUUUUCAUCACCCAUUGACAACACAAAGAGAAAUAUGACAAAUGGACUAAACACAAAUAUGGGAUUUCAGACUGCUGGAUUCACCAUGGGAGCAGGUCUCGCCACUCAGAAUUUCUUCAGUGGUCCAAGUGCAACAGGAGCAACCAAGAUGAACAUGGUACCACCUGCCAAUAUGCCAAAUUACAGUCCUAUGAAUGCUGCAUCUGCAAUCUCUCCACUGACACAACAAAACAGACCCCCAGAUAUGUCUGCUUUAGAUAAUCUUUUUGGUCCUCAAAAACCCAAAGUUAGCAUGAAGCAGUUGGCUCAACAGAAAUCAAGCCAGUGGGUCAAUCAGUUUGUGCCACCUUCAGGGUCCCCGAAUGCGAGCAAUACAGCCUUGGGACCUCAGAUGAACAUGCUAGCACAGCCAGGCUUUGGCAUACAGGGUAAUCCUUUCUUUUCUCCUCAGAACUUUGCACAACCAGCAAACACAAUGACAAACAGCAGCUCAGCUAGCAAUGACUUAAAAGAUCUUUUUGGGUAAAAUGUUUUGUUUUCUUCCUUCAAAGAUUGGUGAAAUUUGGAUCAUGGGUAAGCUGAUUAACAUCUUGUUUUUAUUAAUAAAAGCAUGACUUGGGGAAACUAUCAACCCAGCAAAGUAAAGACUUCUGGGCAGGAAAAAAGGCUGAUGUUUCAUUCACCUGGUACUGCAGUGGAAUUGUGUGAGUGCAAAGUCAUCUUACAUGCUAAAGAUUUCCUGUCUCUUUACCAACAUGAGAGUGCUGAAGGUAGGAUGCGUAUAUUCAUCUGAAAAAAGAGUAUAUUGAAAUUAUUCAGAGCUGAAUUCAGUCAAGUCCAAUGAAAUUCCCUACAAAAUUUUAAGUUAAGCAAAAAUGCUUAUGGGGUAUAAUGCUGCUAUUGGAUGCAAACCUGGAGAAUUACUCAUGUUGCCUGAAUUUGUCACAAGCUGUCAUUUUGUCCUAUGACAGUUUGCAAAAAGAAAAUUCUUAUGCUGACCUAAAAAUUUUGAUAGCCAAAUUAUACAGAGAGCACUCUAACCCAUAACUAAGGGCGAGACUAAGAAGGGAGCGUAUUUUGACUUUCUUCUCUCAUGUAAGCUAAUGUAAUGAAUGUGGUAGUAAGAUCUAACAAGAUUCAUCAGGCAUAAGAAGUUGUUCUAAAAUUUGAUUCAAGUUUGGGACAGAGGAAGAACACUGCUUCAAAGGUCAUGCUGGUUUACAAGCUCUUUUAUAAUGCCACAUCCUUGUUACAAGCCCCAUAGCAAAAGCAACAUACCACUUAAGCAGGAUUUUAAAAUACAUGUGGUGAUUUCAUCACAUUUACUGUAUAUUCCAUUGUUUUGGCUAGUACGAUGCUGCUUCUAACUGAUGUGAAAAAAACCCUGUAGUUAUGAAACCUCAAAAAAUGAAUGUAAAUGUGAAAUUCAUGUUGACUGCCCCAACUGUGUAACUAAACACACGUUACAUAGUUACAGAGAAAUAUCUUGAAUUAAUUAAUAAUUUUUGGCUCAAUUGAGACAAUGAAAAAGGAUCACCUUAUACAAUUUGCACAGGGUUUUAUGAAAAAGCAGACUGCCAUAAAUUGCCUUGACUAAGAGUGAACUAUUUCAUUUUACUUUUGGUUUAAAUCAAGUCCUUAUGAAGGAUAGAUUGACAUGAAGUGAUUUCUCAAAUACGGAUUUGUAAGCUCUAGAGUGUAUGAUAAAUACACAGGUAUUUCAGAUCCUUUUUAUUGUAUUAUGCUAAAUUCAAUAAAGGUCUCCAGAAAUCCAAAGAGUAGUUUCUUCUACUUCAAGAAGGUGUAUGUUCAGCUUGCCCAUGGUGGAAUCUCUGCUCUGUCAGAUACUACUGUUGAGUUUUAACUUCUUUUUCCCUAAGAAUUUCAAGUGCUUUCUUACCUAGUAUUUUGAAGACUAUAAAUGGUUAUUUUGAGAAGGAAAGAACUAGUUACCUUUUUUAUGGAAAGCCUACUUGCUUUAUUUUUCAAAGCCUUUCACUGAAGAAACUCUUCUUUCAUUUGCUGCUUAAGAAACCAAAGGGCCUUAUGCUGUAAAUAUGACUUGUAUUUUGUUAUACUUCCACAGUUCUAAGCCGUGAUAGCAUUAAGCAUAUUUCUUAAAGAAUUCUUUGUGUAUAAUUGCUGCUGCGUUAGUCCUAUCAUUUUAAAAUACCUGGGACCAAUAAAUUUGUGGUCUGGAAAACAAUACCUAAUACAUUGUGAUGCUUAUGUGCUCUUAAUAUUCAUGGUAAGCAUUGUAGGUUAUGUUAAAAUAUCCAUGUAAAUUGAAGUACAAUACUAGAACUGUUGAACUAUUUAAAUUCAUUUACAGUUGCUGGCACUCUAUACUCUCAAUCACACUCAUGUCUUCUUUUAUGUCAACCCUUCGAAGCUGUGUUUUGUUAGGGUAACCUAAGGCAAGCCUUUGAAGAAUUACUUGAAUCUGUAUUCCUCUAAAUUAUUAGGAAAAUAAGUUUAUGUUAAAAACAUCUCAUAGGACUCUAAAAUGUAUUAAAUUAAUACAUCUAUGGCAAAGGCAGUCUUAAAAGUCAGUGUCCUGAUGUCUCUGGACUGGGAGCUUUUCAGAACUGGAUUUAGUUUAGCCUAUUGCAGGGAAAGUAGAAAAAAAAUGAUCUGAUUUCAUUUACUAGACCUCCUAAACUGUGUGGUUUGGGGUAUGUGCUUUUGUCAUGGGCUGUACCAGAACAUACACUGUUUUGUAAGAACAAAGUAAAAAUAAAUCCUACAGGUUCAAAUUAAAAUAAGCUCUUUUUUGAAGUGGUAAUGCAAUGGAAUAAGGUCUUUAUCUGACUCAAGCAAUAGGCCUUUUUUCAUUUAUAUGUGAGAGCAUAACUUUGAUUUCUCUUGUUUGCUGCAAUUUUCAGAAUGCCCAGAAUGGAAGAACAACAAAGAAAACUGGAAAGGGUGCUUACAAAAGCUCUUAACAAAAUUUUCCAGUUAUUUAAUUUUUUUUUCUAAACUCAGUGCAACAAAAGCAGUGAGUCCAAUCCCUUUUCCACAUAGAUGCUUCUUGCUUAGUAUGUCAGGAAACUCAGUGUGUUUGAAGUUCUCAAAUGAUUUCUUCUUAACUUAAAGGAAAGAGCACUUGCAAGAGGUAAGUCACCAUGGCCACAUGCCACUUGGCUCCUGCUCCAAUAGUUUUUCUUUAGGAAUCUUUGGCCAACUGAUCUCUCCCCUUAGAAGUCGUUGUUCUGAGGCCCUGCAAGAGGCUGGAAGACUUGUUUUGUGGCCAGAGUGAGUUGUUUGAGAGCAGCAGUUGUGCUUCACAUCCAAGUUGGUUUUUGGGAAAGACAAAGGGAAGGGACAAUGUUACAAAAUGUGGGUGUUCCAGGAGCUUCCUGUGGCUGAACUUGGAUGGAAAGCAGUGCUACAUCUAGCUUGGCCUGAAGCAGAGGGGGUCUGUCUAGUCCUCAUGCAAAGUAAAGUGGAGAACACAGGUUUGGAAUUGGUACAUGGUUAAGAAACUACAAAUGCUGUUAAUGAAAUAGUAACCUGGUAAUAAGUUAUUCUUUACAAUGCCUUGAGGAAGACAAGGCACUAAAUUACACUAAAGUUCUGCCCUUCAUAUUCAACUUCAUUUAAAGGAAAAAUGUGAAAGCCUGUCAGGUUGUAUCAUGACAGCAGCCCCUGUGCACCCACUUGGCUCACCCAC